AUGUCAGUAGAAGUAUCCACCAAUAAAAUACAACAGACACGGGUGAUGUCUCCCCAAACAGAUUCAGACAAUACCACCGGUAGAAAAGCCGGACAUUCGACUCAACAUCAUCAUCACAGUCAAAUGUACAAGCGAUCUGCAUCAACAUCUAAUCUUCCCUUGAACAAUCCAAGCAUGUCGUCCUUAUCUAAGAAGCCACAAUAUCUGGGUAGACUAAAGUCUCAUAAUCGCUCGCUUUCCCAUAAUAAACUAUUUUCAACGUCAUCUGGUGCCAGCGGAUCUGGUGCUAGUCAGGGCAUGAGACCAAAUUUGAAUAGAUCAAAAUCAAGUGACGUUUUGACACGAAAUCGACAAGCAUUGUCGUUGAAGAGAAACAGCAGGUCAUUCACCAAAGUUGCGGGUCUACAACCAUUAACAAAGACUACCUCGAACCAGUCGCUUAAAUCCAAUAAAUCAAACACUUCCUUAAAGGGAUACAACGCAGCCAUAUCCGGUAUUGCGCCACCUCAAAUUGGAUUGAAGUCAAGUACAAAAAGAGAGCGGGCUAUUUUAAGGCUUAAUGACAAUGAUGCCGAUUACGAGGAUGUUGAAGAUGCAGAAACUUACCGAAACACUACCCCGCCCAUACCAGAACGGUUUAAUAGUGAUGAAUCGAUACCGGCUGCAUCAGACCACUCAGAACAAAACAUCCCCAGUUUAUUCGAACAGAUUAAUAGAAUGGUACCGCCAAGUGCCGUCCCUACCCCUACGGUAGAGAAGGAAAACAAGCUCGAGCAGCAAGAAUAUUCGCACCCCAAACUUAAAGAAAACCGGACAGAAGAAGAAGAAGAAGAAGAGGAAGAAGAAAGACAAGAUUCAUCAAAUAGUGAUAAAUUAGAAGUUGUGGUGGAAGGAAAUACUAUUGAUAGCAGCUUGAGCAAGUCUAAUAUGGGAUCUAACCGAAGUUCUACCGAUAAUGACUAUUCCCCACCAAAUGCUAAUCUUUAUGGAGGGUCGUUACUAUUAUCACAAUCAACUGGAUUACUACGAAAAAUCGAUCCCAUGAGUUCCAACAUGAUGAAUCAAAAGAAUUCUUUUAGAGACCAAUCACUACCAUUUAACAAUUCAAUUAGUGGAAUUUCAUUCAAGGCAAACCCGAUGACUAAUCUUGCCCAGCCGGUGAUUAACAAUCAAAAUGUCAUUCAAAAUAAUUCAUAUCAACCAAAUCAAACCAUUUUCAACAAUCUACAAAGAACAAAUAACCAGCUUAUUACCAAUACAAGAAAGCAACCACAAACAGAACCACCACCACCACAACAGCAGCAGCAGCAGCAGCAGCAGCGACAACAACAACAACAACAACACGAAGAGUUGAUAAAUUCUAUUUCCAAUGGUGCUAACAAUUUCACAGAUUUUCUUCGGACAAAUUCAUCGUCAUCUACAGACGGCGGUGCUCAUGGUCACAAUGCAGAAACCAGAACCCAGCAAAGACUAUGGUUACAGCGAGAAAGUUCAAUGAUGGAUGUGACUGCCAAUAUGGAUUCCAGCAGAUUGCCCAACUUUUCCAACUUGUCAUUGAAUAACCUCAUGUUCGCUCAUAACUAUAACAACCAGAGUCAUUUGAACGUGCGAGACUUGCAGCACCAACAACAACAACAACAACAACAACAACAGAUCCAACAGCAGCAUAACAUGCCACAACCACUAACUCCAGUUACGUCGACCACCAAUGGCGGUGGUGGAUCUAGUGCAUAUGCUGCUGCAGCCGUAGGAGAAGGACUCACCAAUAUUGGUACCAUCAAUGGUAUACUUACCCAGGUUCAAGGUCACAGUUCCAUUCAAUCAAGAACAGAAUUUGAAAGGUUGAAUAGAGAAUACUUGAAUGUCAGAAGACACUUGAAUCCCGUGGGUGAAAGUUUAAAUAGAUUAGACAAACACAUCCAAGGUGAGCUUAAAGUCAGCAAGCAUUCAAGACAGGGCCCACAGCAAAAUCCAGAUAAAGAACAGCCUAAUCUGAAUUCGUUCAAGGAAUUUUGUCCUUCAUUCCAAGAAAAGGAAUCCGAGGUUUUAUCUACUGUUGGUCGUUUAUGGCAAGAUGCAAUCUUCACAUCGUUAGGUUCGUCCUCACCACCAGGAACAAGAGCAAACAACACUUUACAUCCACAAGUGCAGCUGCAACGGCCUACAAAUGCCAGAAUUGUGUCAUACAACCAAAACCAGCAACACGCUCCGCAGGCUGGCACGAGAAGUGCACCACCACAAACAAGAUCUGGCAAGAUUUCUAACUAA